GAAAGAGAGAGGGAGGGAGAGAGAGACCAGGGUGUUGCCGCCUCUGAGACACACUCACGCAUCACAGAGUAAGAGCAGCAGGGUGAGAACACAGCAUCCCUCCGUCCUUCUCUCUAGGAAAACAGGGCUGUUUUUUGAAUUAUUGAAGCCGCUCAAACCCCUUUCCAUUAUUAAACAUAAUCAAAGCCAAGACAUUGCGGAGAUAUACUGCACCGCGACAUCAGGACAGCGAGUUCGCAGGAGAAAAGAGAGCUCGGUGUGAAAGCAGACGGACCGUUUCAGCACCUUGGACAGAGAUCAUGGCUCCAAUGGUGGAGGACGGCGCUCAGCUCGUGGCAGUCCCAGUAGGUGUAGCAGUGGUCAGUGUCUUUGGCCUUGUCUUCACUGUGUCAGCCUUUGCGUGGAUCUGUUGCCAGCGUAAAAACACCAAAUCCCAGAAGACACCUCCCUACAAGUUUGUUCACAUGCUCAAAGGGGUUGACAUCUACCCAGAGAGCCUCAGUGGCAAGAAGAAGUUCGCUGCACCUGCCACCACAACAACCAACGACGCCAGUAAAACUGACGUGAAUGGAAACUGCCACACUGCGUCACCUAUGAGUCCGAGUGGCACUGGUAAGCUGGCGUCAAGUCCAAACGGUCCCAGACCGGCUCUGCAUCUGGACCUGGAGAAACGGGACCUGAAUGGUAACUUCACCACCAAACCAUUUCACCACCACCACCAGAAGGUGCGGAGCUCCCCGGACCUGGAGCUGCCUUCUCCCCAUGCAGGGUUCACCCAACCUGGGGUCAUGGACCGCCGUGACCUCCCCUCACCAUCUAGCACCCUUUCCAGCCAGGCCCCCACCCCAGCUGUGGACAAACCCCACGGAGAGGAGAGGGAGGGUGGGUUAGGUACUCUCCACUUCUCCCUGGAGUACCAGCCAGAGAGGAAGGCAUUCAUUGUCCAUAUCAAGGAAGCCCAUGGCCUGAGCCCAACUGAUGAACAGUCUCUGACCUCUGACCCCUACAUCAAGUUGACCCUGCUGCCAGAGAAAAAGCACCGGGUGAAGACCAGAGUCCUGAGAAAGACUCUGGACCCUGCCUUUGAUGAGACCUUCAGCUUCUAUGGGAUCCCGUUGGCCCGAGUGUCGGAGUUGGCCCUUCACUUCAUGGUGCUUAGCUUUGACAGGUUCUCUCGUGACGAGGUCAUCGGCGAGACCCUCGUCCCCUUGUCCGGAAUCGACUUGUCAGAGGGGCGUGUCCUGAUGAGCCGAGAGAUCAUCAAAAGGAAUGUCAAGAAGUCCUCGGGCCGAGGUGAGUUACUGCUCUCCCUGUGUUACCAGUCCACCACCAACACUCUGACUGUGGUCGUCCUCAAGGCUCGCCACCUGCCCAAGACUGAAAACAAUGGACCGACAGACCCGUACGUCAAGGUGAACAUGUAUCAUGGAAAGAAGCGCGUGUGCAAGAAGAAGACCCACGUGAAGAAGUGCUCCCCCAACCCGGUCUUCAACGAGCUCUUUGUCUUUGAUCUGCCUUCUGACGAGGGCCUGAGGGACACCAGCGUGGAGCUGCUGCUGAUGGACUCAGACACAGGUAACUCACGCAGCCCCAACACCGUCCUUGGGCGCCUGGUGCUGGGAACGGCGGCAGCGGGUACUCCUGGCGAGCACUGGAGGGAGAUCUGCGACCACCCGCGUCGCCAGAUCGCCAAGUGGCACGCCAUGUCAGAGGAUUAGAACACCCGGGUGUUGGUGGAUUCUGACGUCCAUACCCUCAGGUCCAACCGGAGGGAUGGAAUGAGGAUAGGCGGGACAAAAUGUCCUGCUAGCCAGUACCCAUUGGACUUUCAGUGAGGAUGGGUGGGAAAGAAGGGUGGGGGUGGGGUGGUUGGGGGGUGGGUGGGGUUGGAUGUUGUGGGGAGGGUCAUUUGAAGUGAUGUCAUCAUUCAAUCAAUCAUUCAAUCACUUAUCUUUGAAGUUAUUGGGGUUCACUGGGGAGGGUGGGGCAUGACAAAGAGAACCCCAUAGCUUUAAAUGAUCCCAAAGACUGUCACCGAAAAUCACUUGGUAACAUGCAACAUCAUCUCCAUGGCAACAACUAAUUGUCACGGUAACCGUGUGCAGUGCAGAAUGUCUUAAAUGUCGCUAUUACUCUUCUUCUUUUCUUCCUUUCCUCCUUCUCCUCCUCCUUCUUCUUCUCUUUCUUCAGCUCUUCCUUCUAUAAAUAGUAACCUAGUCCAUCAUAUGAAAACCAGAAUGAACCACAUCUGACAAUGCUGUAAAAAAUGUGGAUUAUUAAAGUUUAUUUUAUAAUGACAAUGUUUUCUUCAUAAAGAUGUAGAUUGUUUUUAUUUAUGUUUUUGUUUUGUACUCCUCUGGUUGAUUUGUUGAACAUGUUUUGUAAGUAUAAGUGGUAUUUCAUAUAUCAUUACAAGAAAGCCUAAAUUAGGUGGUUUGAGAAAAGACUGGAACAGACUGAGUGCAUUGGGGACAGUAACUAUGGAUGCAUUUAUGUGUGUAUGUUUCAAUAUGAGAGUGCUUGUGCUGACGCGACUGUGUGAAUGUGUGGCUGUGUAUGAUGUGAGCCACAUAAUGUUUACUGUAGGUGUUUUGUCCCCCUUACUGUGAGCACAAAGACAGCUGAAAUGUAAAUGUAUGUACCUUACUAUAAAAUAUGGCAAGUUCUGAGAAAAAAUCUGA